ACGGGCCGCAGAGCAGCAGCUGAGCAGUGAGAUACAGAGGAGCUGCAGAUCCAGGAGUUUCUUAAGAUCUGAAGAAUUCUGAUAUUUAUAUUCUCACAACUCAUCAUCUCAUUAACUCAUCAUCUCAUCAUCCUCUCGGCGGUCUUUAGGAGGCGGUGAUGGAUCUGUCUGUGAAGCUGAUGACGGGAGAGUGCCACUCGGUGCGGGUGAGCCCCGGCGCCACGGUGGGCGAGCUGAAGCACGUGGUCGCUCAGACCCUUAACGAGACUCUGUCCAGCAUACGUCUCGCCACCAACGGGCUCCAGCGCACCAUCCUGGACAACAACUCCGCCUUCCUGAGCAGCUUUGGCCUGAGCCACGGCUCCACCGUCAUGCUGCUGGUCCGAAAGUUGUUCCAGGUGUUCGUAAGAAACGAGAAGGGCCAGACGAAGACCUACGACGUGAGCGAGGAGGAGACGGUGGACGAGCUGAAGACAAAGGUCUACAACAAGGAGAGGACCCCCAUUGACCAGAUGCGCCUUGUCUGCGGUGGUAAACAGCUGGACAGCGGAACGCUGAAGGACUACAACAUCCAGUCAGGCAGCACUAUUCAUAUGACCCUUCGUCUACGAGGAGGCUAGCUGGACAUGUUUAAAGGGUUAAACUGGACCACACCAUGUUAAAAGGGCUAAUAUCUAAUAUUUUAAUAUAUUUGAAUCCCUUGGCAUUAAUUUAUUAAACUUAAUUAAAAAUCAAAGAAAUUAUUUUUGUGUUACUGUACCUUUAAAGAAACAAUAUAUAUACUAAAUGACAUUGUAAACGUUUGAAAUAGCAACCAAAGUUCAAUCUCAAAACACGCCACAUAUUCCUGAAGUGCCAAGCUCACAUGGAUUGCCAAGUAGAGGACACAGAACCAACAAGAAGAACUUUAGCAGUUGCAACAUACACUAUAAUCACAUUCCUAGCUAAAUGAAGUCAAUAUAGAUUAACAAAAAUCCAGUUUUUAUUCUGUUUUCCUGUCACCACUGUGAUUAAUAACAGUACUUGUUAACAUGUUGUUGAAGCAUAACAGUACUAGUGUUAGCCGGCACUAGUCUGGAUCAUUUUACCUAACUCAAAUAAUACUCACUGCCUUAAAAAAAAAACAUCUGCAUCCAAUGAACCAGCACUGCAUCCGUCUUGUAGUCCUUCUGGGAUCUAAAUGGUCUCCAGCUAUCAAAUCUAUUGCCAUUGACUACUGCUUUACUGCUUUAUUAUUUUUUUAUUUUUUUGAUUAUGUAGCAAAUAUUUCUGUUUGUUUUGCUCUUAACAGCGCCUAUUAUGUUAUUGCUGGCAAUAACAGUUCCGUAAUCCCAAACCCGAGGUUUCUAGAAAUAGAGCGGCCACAAAUGGUAUACAUUCCUGUUUGGUAAUCCUUACUUUUGGGUUAAAGAAUCAAUCUGGCCUACAUUUAGCAUUUAUCAUUUUAUUGGUUGUGUUGUAAUAUUAUGUAGUUUAGCUUAGCUUAGCAUAGCAUCGCUCCACAAUACACACCUGGAACGUCUUCCACUGCUUUUAGCAAUAAUGUUUUGUUUUCUAUAAACAUUUGAAUUGAUAUUCUGUCAUCAUGUAUUAAUUCGAUGUGCAGUUCUGCCUCUGUUAGCUUUAAACCAUACUGUGAAGAUCUGUAAUUGAUGUUUCUUCCUCACUUACUUUCAUUCAUUAAAUUAUAGCUUUCUUUAAA